AUGACAGCUGGUUGCGAUCCUGACCCCGAGUAUAGUGUGAUGGGCAGAAGCCCGUUUGCCAAGUCUGCGAAAGAGAAGAUCGCGAAUGUAGAUACACAUAUCAUCUUGAGAAGCGAAAGUUGGCCUCCGACCAAGUGCUACAUCCAUGCACUCCACUCCAGGAUUGCUUUCCUGGAACAUCAACUUGCAGCAGCCCACAAUGGUGCAGAACAAGAUCGUUUCCUGACUGUGGGCUUAGGCAGUGACGAGGAAUUCUUGAAGACGCCUAGUCUACAGCCUGCAUCACAUAGCUUUUCGGGCUUCAGGCGAGAGUUCCGGAUUUCAGGGGCGUACGGACUGUUCUACUCCAGGGAGCUUGGCGAACAACAGCAAAGCUCUAGCGGGGUGGACAUCUUGGAAAAUGUAGAGUCAGUAUCAGAAGAGCUGUUUUUACUUUCUCCCGAUGCACAAAGCCAGCUUUUAGACGACUUUUGGACCUGGAGAAAUACUUGGCCAGUUCUAGUCCAUGAGCCUCUGUUUCACAAAGAUUUGACCAACGGCGGAGUCAAAGUCUAUGCCACCCCAACCUUAUCGGCAGCAAUGCUAGCCUUUAGCUCCCAAUAUGCCAGUGAUGCACAGCUCAGUGUCUGGAGAACAUCAGGCGAGGCUCUUGCUAAACAUGCAAAAAGCAAAAUACUCGCGCAAAUAGAAUAUCCCUGUCUGGUCAUUGUCCUGGCAGCAGCUAUUAUCGCUCUAAGAGAAUUAGCAGUCGACAAUCUGUCCUCUGCUUCGCAGUAUAUUGGGAUUGCUUUUCGACAUUCCCUGACUCUUGGACUUCAUGUUGAAACACCUACAAUAGAUGGAUCGAUACAAGGCUCCCAAGAAGUUCUAGAAGCCCGGUCACUUGCAUGGUGGGGUGUCUGGCUGCUGGAAAGACAUAUAUCUCAAAUCCUUGGGCAGCCAAGUGCUCUACGCGACGGUGACAUGCGUCCAGGACCAGUCCCAAUCCUUCCCAGUGUCGAGUAUCGCCUAUGGUCGGUAUCUGACACGUCAGAUCCAGGAUUGGCAUUCUCCAGUAUGUCAAAUCUUCAAUAUGCCUGUCAGCUAGUGCGCAUGGUAUCACCUGUUCUGGACGAAAUUCAUGCACUGGAAUCUCCUCUAAGCAUACUUGAAAAGGAAGAGAAAGCUACAAAGACUCAUGUCGACAUGUCCGAAUUCUACAAUACCUUACCGAGUCACCUCAGACUCCCUGCCACCGCUACGAAGCAACUGAGCCCACCUGUUUACCAAUUCAAGUAUACAAUCCUAGGAAACCACGACGAGGGAAACUUCUAUCCAUUGGGAACUCUUUCCCCAUUCGCUGUCCAUAGCUUGGCAACUUCAUCUCUCGUGCAUCUUUUGAAUGCCGACUCGGCUGAUGCCACUCUGUCGCAACGGACAACGCACCUUUACCGUCUCAACCUCCGCUUCCUGGGCCAAAUGAGCUCAACGAACUAUGUCAGCAAUCGCGCAAUCAAGGCUCUUACAUCCUUAGAAUGUGAGGGGGAUGCAUCAAUCCAGCCGAAUACCACGAAACCAUCCGUGCGUGACCGCCCAGCAGAUGGUAAUAGUUCUGUUUCCGCGGGACAAAGAGGAGCGCCAACCACAGCACUAGAACCGAUGAACAUUUUCGGCCACAUAGAUUCCAUGGAGGAUGCUUCCAAUUGGUUUCAAUUGCCUCUGAACGAACAACUCGUUUUUGAUGAUGUCAUUGAGAGCACUUUGUGGGAGGACGUAUGCGAAAGCCAUGACCCCAUGGGCGGCCUACCGCCUCUCCACGGAAAUCUAUAG